ACAAUUCAAUUCUCUGACAGACAGAGAAGGGCGAAAGAAAUCGGAGAUGACUCGGAGCAUCAGCUACAUCACAGCUUCUCAGCUCCUCUCUCUCAAACGUCGCCCAAAUAUUGCCAUCGUCGAUGUCAGGGAUGAUGAAAGGAGUUGCGAUGGUCACAUAGCUGGGUCGCUGCACUUUGCUAGCGACACAUUUCUUGACAAAUUGCCCAGUCUUGUUCAAUCUGUCAAAGGCAAAGACACCCUUGUGUUCCACUGUGCUCUUAGCCAGGUCCGGGGGCCAAAGUGCGCAAGAAGGUUAGCAGAAUAUCUUUCUGAUGAAAUGCAAGACGAUGCAGGGAUAAAAAACAUUAUGGUCUUGGAGCGUGGUUAUAAUGGCUGGGAAGCAUCUGGUCGACCUGUUUGCCGCUGCACUGAUGUGUUCUGCAAGCACAACAGUGAAGACGGGCAACAAUCAAAUCAAAGCUAACCUGGCAAUAUGGUGCUUUUACUGGUUCUUCUGUUUCUCUAAGUUCCAAUUUAGACCCUAUUUCUGGAUCUCAGUCAUGAGGAAAUGACAGUGAUUACAGACUGCUUUGUGAUCUGUUUACCACAAGAUAAACAAAAAGGGCAAGUAAAUAGUAAUGGCAUUUAUCAUAAUGUCCAUGUUUAACAUCCAGGGGACAACUAAUAAUUUGUGCUACUGAGUACUGAGUAGAUUUGAAGUGCCUGUUUGUGAAAGUUCUGUUUUCAAUGCCA